UUGUUGUCGUCGUCGCAGGACGGAGCACACCGUGUUCAGUCCGAUUUGGAAAGUGGCCCGAUGCGAACGUGUUUUCCCUUUCAAGCGCGCAAUUCAGCCAGCCUGGAGUCUCCCCCCAUUGAUACCGGGCGCGGGGAGUGUGAUUAGUGAGUGUGCAUAGUGUGUGUGUGGGGUAAAUAGAGACAAAGAGACCGGCUCAUUCGGACACCUGUGGACCAAAAUUCGUAGCAAGCGGGAAAGCAAGCGAACAUGAAUCGUGGAUUUCAAUUUGCCCUCUUGGAAUUGAAUCACAUUUGCCUACUUGGACUUGAACGUGAGUGGUGAGACCGGUGAGACCGAUCUAUUCCGGCUACAUAUUCACGUUGGGACGGUCGUCGGUGGUCGUCCGACGGAGUGCGUAACGAAGCUUGAAAACAAUUGGGAAAUUCGAUAUCCAUCUCGGCGCGUCGGAUUGCGGUGGCUUAACCUGUGGUAUUUCCACUUUUUAUCGCCGUUUAUGUGUUAGCUAGCGCACAUGUGAGUGGGGAACCUCAACGAACAAAUAUCAUCACUCAUAUGGACGGGCAUUACCUUUUGUCCACCAAUUCUGUGAAGUGUUUUACGCAAGAUGAAAUGUGAGCAAGACAUGACGUUCACAUUUUCCGGUGAAUAGAAUUGUCAACUUUCGACAGUACAUGAGAAUAGAAUCUCAAUCAUCGAACAAAGAGCACGUUGGUUGUUCGCCUGCUGCGAUGCUGAUUAUUUUCACUGGAAUCAAAACAUUACCCCCAAAGGAAAGGAAAGUGGUGGCACUAGCGGAUAAUAAACCAAACAAACGAAAAACGGAAUCAUAGCCUCCUGUGGUUCGGAAACUAAUUGAAACUUACCGCGAGUGAGUCGUUAGAACAGGUUAGAACAAGCGAUAGCAAUCGGAGUUGAAGAAGCAAACGGUUCGGUCGUCGGUACUGGUGUUGAUGUCUCGUGCUGUGCGUAGAAAUAAAGGAUCCACUGUGUCGAGUGAUUGAGCGAUUUGAAUUUUGCACGAUCACGAACGGGAGGCCGAUUCGAUUUUCUUAGCCAGGGGUGAAGAAAAUGUAAACAUGUGCGUUUGUGUGUGAAACAAAAGUGUACACGUAUAGUGAGGUGGUUAUAGAGAAGAAAGCGAGACGACUAGCUCUCAGUCGCAGGGCAAAAUCAAAUUUGCAUAGGAUUUGUGCAAACAGUUUUAAUGCUACUGAAAGUGGAUUAGUGGCAAACUUGGGUCCCGUCUGUCUGUUCGCUGCCGGACACCCAGAGUCAUCCUAUCGUGAAAGGUGAAAGUAAUAUUCUUUGGGUAAAUUAACUUUCGCUGCGUGUUUUACUUCGCACUUUGUGCACCCUAAUUGAAGGUAUUCCACUAACACGCCCAGGCUCAUCAACAUAAUCUUUACAAAGGUCAGCCACAACGUUCGUGAAGCUUUUCACCGAUUCCAACCGCAUCCGCUCGUUUCGCUAGAUAUUAUCCUCGUUCUGCCUUGUUUGGAAAGACGACCCAGCUUUCCUUCCACUAGCAGUAGGCCAUGUGAGCAUCACACUGUGCCCCCGAUGCGUGGCCAGUGGCAACAACACCAUCUCACAUCGCACCGCCUACUACUGCGGCUAAGUUGCUGCUGCUGCUGCUGCUAGCGGAAAGCCAAAAAGAAUGUAGAAUGAAAAUUCCAAGCACCAACAAUUACACUGUGCACUGCUGUUCGUGCUUGUCCCGUUGUUGUUGUCCAUCCGCCUCCGAGACCAUCGUUAUCAAGUUGGACAACGCAAUAUGCACAUUACUCCACUCGAUGGGGGCGGCGGCUGUGGAAGAUCCGGACGAUCCGGAGGCGCCUCCAUCAUUGGGCCGGGAAAAAUACUACUCUGCUGCGUGCACAUUCUUCUCGUGCUGAUCAACGAUGCCCUCGUUGAUGGAUUGCGUAAGGGGAAGCUCAUGGUACCGACGAGCUACACCGCCCAAACGGACGAUUUGGACAUCCAAUUGCAAACGGAGGACAGCACAGCAGCCGAGCUGAUGGGCGGCCUCGAUGCAACCGAUCUGAAGCUACAAAUUUCGCUUGUCAAACCAACCGGUGGAACGACAAUCUCGCUGCUGGACAUAAAGCCGGAUGUGAAUCACAACGUGACGCAAAUAAAGAUUCCCUGCGGUUAUUUCAUGCACGGUGGGGUUUACGAGCUGAGUAUUGAACAGCCGGUGGCCAUCAACACAGUAGGCUCUGCCACGGCUGGAAUGGAGUUCGAUGAGCGAUUGCGACAGCAGUUAAAUGUGAGUUGGCCAACGCCUACUGUGAGUCUAGUGCCUAGUACGAUCAGUACAUACCCGGAGGAGCUUGUCCGGGGGAGUCUUCGGUUCGCGGACGUCAGAUGUCCGAACGCGACGGCAACGAAUGACGACGAUUCAGUUGAUGUGCCGGAAUUCUGGCUCGAACUGGUCUACUGUGGACGUAACGAGGCGUGUCCACUGGAAACCGUUUCCAAGCCGCAGAUUCUGUUCUCGGAGCAGGUCCGAGGAUUUCCUAGCUCUAGGGUGGUUAAUUUUCGCUGUGAUCUUUUCGGAUUAGCCGGAUAUUAUCUGUUACAUUUACGCUCGGCCAACCAUGACCCGACGUUGGACGGGAUUUUGAGUGGGGCCAGAGCUCUGUUGAAAGCGGAUUGGAGCAAACAGUACGUGUUCACUGUGCACGCCAGAAGUAUAUUUCCCUGCGAUGCCCACAGCUCCGGAAUCCACGUCCUGUUCCAGUACCCUUCCUGUAUCCUGAACCAAUCGGAUCGGGUGCGGGUGUACGCCAAACUCCGAGCGGACGUAUCAUCACUAGUGCCUCCAACGUCGCUGCAUUACAUCGCCGAGCAACGGGUGAUGAAAGGGCAGCAUGCGCUGUAUUUCGAGUGCGACCUGUUCUACGAAAAGUACAUCGAGUACUGCUUCGUUUACGUGAGCCAGGCAAUUUCCGGCGCCGUCGCCGAUAUACGGAUGGACUGUGUGCCGACGCUUCCGGUUUCGCCCUCCGAUUCGGGCGGAUGGGGACCCUGGAGCAACUGGACGCAUUGUUCGACUACCUGCCGGGGUGGGGUGCGGAAUCGGUAUCGGUUUUGCGAUUCACCUCCCCCGCGAUAUGGGGCCAAGUUUUGCGAGGGAGCCUCCGUACAAACCGAGCGCUGCGGCACGCAGACAUCGUUCGACUCGUGGGAGUGCAUGUUCAGUCCCGGAGCCGGCAGCAAUCUCCCGGCGGAAAUUGCCGACGUUAGUACGGAGGUUGGACCGGCUUGUCGCUGCGGGUGCAUCAUUCACCUGGGCACGGUUAAACCGAAGCGGCUGAUAGCAUCCUCAUCGGAAAGCUGCCCCGAGCGGAGUCUCUGGUUGGUCCAAGGUGACGAAGGACAUCGGAUACGGUUCACCAUGGACUACAGCAAGUUUCCGUGCGACCAGCAGUGGCUGAAGGUUCGUGAUGGCGACAAGCUAUCUCAUGAGUUGAUCCUGGAGUACGCUUCGGGGCAUGUGGAAUCUGGUAAGAGUGCGGACUCUACGGGUCAUCAACUGUUGGUGGAGUUCCACUCGAAGAAGAUGCAACACUAUGACGAGAACUGUAUUGCUGGGUUUCUGGGACAGGCGGAACAAAUAAAAAUCUCACCCAACAACGUGUCCAUUUCGAUGGCCAGCAAAGUCAUCAUGCCAUUCGUGCAAUCGUUCAGCUAUGCCAAUCUCACCUUAGCUCAUAUAUGUGCAAUAGUAUUUAUAAGUUUCGUUAUCUUUAUAAGUUUUCUGCUGUUGUUGCAGUACGUUUUCCGAUAUAGGAAAUAUGAACUGGCAACCAGUCGGAUGGAACCGGAUUCGCCAGCUCAUACCCUGUUCGGCUCGGCCGUGUCCUUGAGCAACACUCAACAACCGCGAUCGCGUGCCAUGUCGACAACAACGUUGAUAUCGGAAAUCGUUUCUUACGUGAAGCUGCGACCCAAAAAGGGCACCGUCAAGCACGAUCGACUUCGCGAAAGCGUAGAAUACAGUAUCGAGAAUUAUGACGUACCGUCGGAUGGCAGCACGGAACUCAGUGGGAAGGCCGUAUCGACGGAAAAGGUGGACGAGAUUCCACUGCACAACCUGAACAACCUGGAUCAUCCCAACGGGAGCGAUGGUGGUAGUUCAUCGAAGGAAAUCAUCGAACCCUACUCAGACGACCAGUCAACAAAUGUCAGCUCAGCGUACUCUACGUUGAACCGAGAGGAGACUCCGCUGGUAACCAGAAGAAUACAGAAAACGACUCCCGAACGGCGAAAUCAGAGUAAAAGUGAAGGAGAGAGGUCACCAAACGAGAAAACACCUAUUCCCAGUAGUAGCAGUACGAUCACUUUGACGAACAUAAGCCCAUCAGACAUU